AUGGCCACCGUAGUCACAGCUACGAUUGGUGCAACCUCUGGCCUCCGCGCUGCCGAAAUGACCGAACACCACCGAACUGUAAUAUGUCCACAACUGGGCUGCGGGAAAACAUUCCGGGACACGGCCGCCAUGCGCAAACAUCUACACACACACGGUCCACGCGUCCACAUCUGUGGGGAAUGUGGUAAAGCCUUUGUGGAAUCUAGCAAACUUAAACGCCAUCAGUUGGUACAUACUGGCGAGAAACCCUAUCAAUGUACAUUCGAAGGUUGCGGCAAACGAUUUUCACUGGACUUCAAUCUGCGCACACAUCUGCGUAUUCACACGGGCGAUCGACCUUAUCCGUGUCCACAACCUGGCUGUAGUAAACGCUUUGCACAGUCAACCAAUCUGAAGUCACAUUUAGCCACACACAGUAAAGUUCGUUCACUCGCCACACCGAGUUUGAUGAAUGGAACUCACGCCAGGACACAUUCGCUUGCACAUUUACAGCGUCAUCAACAUCCCAAUAGGCCCCAGACCGCUCCCUCCACUGUGAUCCAGUCUCGCUUUGGUACUCCCCAAUUGACGGCUGGUAGUUUGGGCACCGGAACAUGUGUGGAUUCUCGUUCUCCGCGGAGCCUGACCAAUUUGGCUCGUCCUGUUUAUCACUCAUUCAGCUCAGACGAAGUUGAUACAGGCGCUCCGGAAAGUUUGUAUCCCAUGACGGAUGGUAACUGGUCAUUCCUGUCCAGUCCGCACACCUCCAUUGGAUCCAAUUCCUCUCCAGAUUCCGGUUUGUCGUUCCCAUCUACACCGCCCGGUCUGCUCUCCUUGACCACCAGUCCCGUCCCAGCUAGCCGACGCAUUCCGCUAAGAUCUCCAAUUGCCAGUGCUCCAAGUGGCAAUCCUCGAUCUUCCACAGCAAGUUCCCUUAUUUCCCUUGUAACGAACGCUUCCUCACGUCGACUCGAACAAGAUGUAAACUGCUCUGGGGACAAUCACGCUGGCUUAACAGUUUCUCUGGCAUUGCCCGUUGCAGUUCCAAACCGGUCCAUGCAGCCGAGUGACUCUGACUCUAUAAUGACUGUAAAACCCGACACGGAUGUUACACGUCGCAGUUCUCUGUUGAAUAAGCCGGAACGAUCUAAAGAUAGAACUCAGUCCCCUGACCGUCGAUCACACUUGCGCGGUCCUCGUCGCACACCAGCCCGUGUAAUUCCUUACCCUCCUACCUCCAACACUCACCAACAUACAAACCAUCAUCCUUCUCGGCCGUCAACCACUCGUUCCUACACAACGCGUGCCAAAACCCGCUUGCUUCAUAACGGGGCUGUGAACACUCGCAAACGAGCGGCUGUUCAGCUCAAAAAAUCAUAA